AUGGAGCCCCAAUCCAAUGGCAAGCGGCAACGGGCCUCAUGUGCCUGUGACUUCUGCAACUCGAGGGGCCUGAGGUGUCGUCGCGCCCAGGCAGGCCCAACCGAAACCCAGGAUCUGCUCUCCAGCUGCCUAACCUGCAUCGAUUACGGAGUCGUAUGUACCCUGGACCGACCGAUCCGAAGACGGGGGAGGAAACCGAAGGUGUCGCCGUCGAAUAGUUUUGACGCUGCAGCGGGUCUUGGUCAGGAUGUGGACUUUAAGUCAAUGCAUACGGUACAGCAGCUCAUACGCAUCUACCAAGAUACCAUGUAUCAAUGCUACUUUCCAUUCCUGCCCGAGAGGGAUCUCUUCACGCGAUGGCAGGAUGGUAUACCCGAUCCGGAGCAACCGUCGUAUAUGUUGCUGAUGGCACUUUGCGCUGUCAGCUCGCAGGUGGCGGCUUUAGAUGCAGUUUUUGACAGUACACUGCUCGACGGCCUCACGGUCCCAGACAGCGAUCAAUACUUUCUCGAGGGGGUAUCUAAGAUACCGGUACGGAUCACCCAGUCGCAGGAUCUGGACUAUCUACGGUCUUUCGGCCUCUUUGCUGUAUACUCGCUACAACGUGGAAACCACAGCGAUCUCCAUCGUUACUUGGGCUUGUAUCACGCGUUGGUCGCCCAACAUGGCUUCCACGACGAAAGUCGUUGGCCUCAAGAACUCUCCAUAUCCGAAGUUGACGACCGACGGCGACUCUUCUGGUGUGUCUACCGUCUUGAGAUUCAUUCGGCCUGUGUACUCGGCCAUGUAGUGCGCAUGCCCGAAGCCCAAGUCUCGGUCCUCUAUCCUCGCAUCACUCCAGCCAUGGAACCUGAGGCGCAAGCAUGGACGGCCGGCUGGGACUACAUUACCGACCUUUUCAGGUUGCUGGAGUAUGCCAUUUUUAGUCUCCGUGGGUGCAAAAGUCGGAAGGCCACAUUGGCCGUUUUCUGUGAUAAACCCUCCCCAACUACAUUACUCGAUGGUCUCGCUCGGCUGAAGGCUAACAAACCACGCAUCUUGACCGAGUCCAACGACUUUGGUACCGGAUUAGAAAGCAAUCGUUGCAAGUACAUGGCGGUACAGAUUACCUGCACAGAGUCGCUGGUCAACAUCAUGGCCCUGCUCUAUUGCCAGGCUCCGGCCUGGGAGGUGGUAGAGAUUGUGGAGCGCUUUCUCGAAGAGGUGACCAAUGCGCCGCUUAUCAUGUUCAAGGUCGCGGGAAGUCACAUUGUGCAUCAGCUGCUUGGUGUGGGACAUAUGCUCAAUAAUGCUUCUCAGUUCGACGAUGGGCAUUAUCGAUCCGAGGCAAACCGGCUGAUCACCAUCUUGGGGGAUCUGGUGAAGGGUUUGGAACACGACAUUCCGUUCGCAGCCGAAGCGGGCGAACGAUUACUUAUGCUGGCACAAUCUGCAUCUUGGUAA